AUGAUAGUGAAAAGCCUUGAAUGUCUUAUGGAGGCUUCCCGUAACAUUAUCAACACUUACGUGACCGCCUUGCUGUCCUACAUAUUCACUCUUGCUGGAGAUGAACAGAUGAGACAGAACCUCCUCUCCAACCUGGACCAGCAGGCCAAGAGAGAAGGUGUUGGACGAUAUUGGACUCUGGAUAAUAAUGCGCAACCAUGGGGCUUUGUGGAGGUAGAGAUGAGUGCCUAUGUGUUGCUGGCGCUGCUCUCGGGACCCACACUCCCUGGAUUUGGACUGAACUACUCUGCUGGCAUAGUGCACUGGUUAACCAAGAAGCAGAACGCGUAUGGAGGCUUCUCCUCUACACAGGAUACAGUAGUAGCACUCCAGGCCCUCGCUAAGUACAGUGCUGCCACCUACAAUCCAGAAGGAUCCAUUACCGUAACCAUGACCUCCCCCUCAGGCCAGAGGAACCAGUUCACUGUGAACCGGAACAACCGGCUGCUUUACCAGGAGAAACAGCUGCAGGAAGCUACUGGCACAUACAAGCUGAGGACAGAAGGCAAAGGCUGUGUGUUUGUGCAGUUUGCCUUGCACUACAAUAUCCCACCUUUGGCCUUCAAAAUCAAAUCAAAUCCUGGGGUUUGCAACAACACAAAGAACACUGCUUUUACACGAACCACUACUGUAAGGUGAACUGUCUGUGAUUGACUACACCGCCCCAUGUGCAUAAACACUACGGUAAGUA